AUGUCCAACUCUCUUGAUCUCCUCAAACAAACCGGUACCGUCGUCGUCUCUGACAGCGGCGAUUUCGAGUCUAUCGAUGUCUACAAGCCCCAGGAUGCCACGACGAACCCCUCCUUGAUUCUGGCCGCCACUGACAAGCCUGGCUAUGCCCGCCUCAUCGAUGCCGCUGUCGAGUAUGGAAAGAAGAAGGGGAAGACGAUCGAUGAGCAGACCCAAGCGGCAACGGACAGACUCCUCGUCGAAUUCGGAAAAGAAAUCUUGGCCAUCAUUCCGGGCCGUGUGUCGACAGAGGUUGAUGCCCGCCUUUCCUUCGAUAAGGAGGCCACCAAGGCCAAGGCUAAGGAGCUGAUCGCUUUAUACGAUUCUGUCGGCAUCAAGAAAGAGCGCGUCCUUAUCAAAAUCGCUUCAACCUGGGAGGGUAUCCAGGCUGCCCGCGAACUCGAAAGAGAUGACGGCAUUCACUGCAACCUCACCCUCCUCUUCGGCUUUGGACAAGCCGUUGCCUGCGCAGAAGCCGGAGUUACCUUGAUCUCACCCUUUGUCGGGCGUAUCCUCGACUGGUACAAGAAAAGCACCGGAAAGACCUACGAAGGCGAUGCCGAUCCCGGUGUCCAGUCUGUCAAGAAGAUUUACAACUACUACAAGCAACAUGGCUACAAGACCAUCGUCAUGGGUGCUUCCUUCCGUAACGUCGGCGAAAUCAAGUCUCUUGCUGGUGUUGACUUCUUGACCAUCUCCCCUGCCCUUCUUGAAGAACUCAAAAAGUCCAAUGAUCCCGUUCCACGAAGACUCGAGGCCACCGCCGAAGCCGAACCGAUCCCCAAAGUCACCUUCAUCGACAACGAGCCCGAGUUCCGCUGGGCCCUGCUCCAGGAACAGAUGGCGUUUGAUAAGUUGCAUGAGGGUAUCAAGAAAUUCGCUGAGGAUGGCCAGACCCUCAAGGAUCUGCUCAAGAAGAAGAUCUCUGCUUAA